AUGACGAGGGCAGCCGCUUCCACAUCCUACGGGUAUUCCAAUGGAGCUGGGAAAUACCCAGCUGAAGACCCGUGGGGGAGAUCCUUCAGCAAAGAGUAUUGUCCAGACCGCUUCAAGCUCGCCCACCAACCUUUGGUUACCAAACGUGGUGGGGCUGCGUUUGCGAUAUUCGACGGCCUGCAAGCAGACCUUGAAUUUGUGAAGAAGGUGCUGUUCCUACAAAGUUGCUUGGCUGGGAGAGAAAAACUGUUGCUUCAGCAAAUUAAGAAGCCCUGCUGCCAAAACCUGAAGCUCCAGACCCUUGAAACCUCAAUCUUCCCGCCCGAUAUAUAUAUGUAA